GCAGUGGGUCACUCUUGUUGGGCGCCUGUCACUUGUGGAGUUUGGCUACCAGCUGUCAGCUCAUCGGCCGGUGGGAGCGGUUAUCGUAGACACAGGGCUUGUAUGUUGAAGCAAGAGUUGAAUAUUAAGGUUUUGUAGGUUGAGGGGAAUUUAAGCACCCCGGGGAAACGGCAAGAUGACGGCCAUUGAAACGCAAGUGCAAUACAGUUCAUACAUGAUGACUACGACUGGGCAAUACAUGACCCAAGAGGAAGAUUGGGAUCGGGAUCUGUUGCUGGACCCGGCCUGGGAGAAACAGCAGCGGAAGACCUUUACUGCCUGGUGCAACUCUCACCUCCGUAAGGCAGGGACACAGAUCGAGAACAUUGAGGAAGAUUUCAGGAAUGGACUCAAACUCAUGCUGCUGCUGGAGGUUAUCUCAGGCGAGAGGCUGCCCAAGCCAGACAAAGGCAAAAUGCGUUUCCAUAAAAUUGCCAAUGUUAACAAGGCCCUGGAUUAUAUCAGCAGUAAGGGAGUCAAGCUGAUCUCUAUCGGCGCUGAGGAGAUUGUGGAUGGUAAUGGGAAAAUGACCCUUGGUAUGAUCUGGACCAUCAUCUUGCGCUUUGCAAUCCAAGACAUUUCAGUGGAGGAGACCUCUGCAAAGGAGGGAUUGCUGCUGUGGUGUCAGAGGAAGACUGCCCCCUAUAGGAACGUUAACGUCCAGAACUUCCACAUUAGUUGGAAAGAUGGCCUUGCUCUCUGUGCCCUCAUCCACAGACACAGACCUGACCUCAUCGAUUACUCCAAACUGCGCAAGGAUGACCCCAUUGGCAACCUCAACACUGCCUUUGAGGUGGCGGAGAAAUACCUUGACAUCCCCAAAAUGCUUGAUGCAGAAGACAUCGUGAACACGCCAAAACCCGACGAGAAAGCCAUCAUGACCUACGUGUCCUGCUUCUACCAUGCGUUUGCUGGUGCAGAGCAGGCUGAGACAGCAGCUAACAGGAUCUGCAAGGUGCUUGCCGUCAACCAGGAGAAUGAGAAGCUGAUGGAAGAAUAUGAGAAACUGGCCAGUGAGCUUCUGGAGUGGAUCCAAAGGACUAUUCCCUGGCUGGAGAACCGUGUGGCUGAGCAGACCAUGCACGCCAUGCAGCAGAAGCUAGAGGAUUUCAGGGACUACCGCCGCGUGCAUAAGCCACCCAAGGUUCAGGAGAAGUGCCAGCUGGAGAUCAACUUCAACACUCUACAGACCAAGCUGAGGCUCAGCAACAGGCCAGCUUUCAUGCCAUCUGAAGGCAAAAUGGUCUCAGACAUUGCCAAUGCUUGGAAGGGUCUGGAGCAGGCAGAGAAGGGUUAUGAGGAGUGGCUGCUCACGGAGAUUCGUCGUCUGGAGAGAUUGGAUCACCUGGCUGAAAAGUUUAAGCAGAAGUCUAGCUUGCAUGAAUCAUGGACCUCAGGAAAGGAAGAGCUGCUAACUCAAAAGGACUUUGAGUCGGCCUCUCUGAUGGAGAUCCGUGCUCUGAUGAGAAAACACGAGGCCUUUGAGAGCGAUCUGGCUGCUCACCAGGACAGGGUGGAACAGAUAGCUGCCAUUGCACAGGAGCUCAAUGAACUGGACUAUCAUGAUGCUGCCACCAUUAACGCCCGUUGCCAGGGCAUCUGUGACCAGUGGGACAGCCUGGGCACCCUGACCCAGAAAAGGAGAGAAUCAUUGGAGCGUGUAGAGAAGCUUUGGGAGACAAUUGACCAGUUGUACCUGGAAUUUGCCAAGAGGGCAGCACCCUUCAACAACUGGAUGGAUGGAGCUUUGGAAGAUCUGCAGGACAUGUUCAUUGUUCACAGCAUCGAGGAGGUCCAGAGUUUGAUCACAGCCCAUGACCAGUUUAAAGCUACUCUACCAGAAGCCGAUAAGGAACGGAUGGCCAUCAUGGGCAUUCAAAACGAAAUCUUGAAGAUUGCUCAAACAUACGGGAUCAAGUUAGUGGGCGAGAACCUCUAUACGGUUCUCUCCCCUCAGGAUAUCAGCAACAAAUGGGAAGCUGUGAAGCAACUGGUUCCAAUGCGUGACCAGAUGUUGCAGGAGGAAGUUGCCAGGCAGCAGGCCAAUGAGAGGCUGAGGCGCCAGUUCGCUGCUCAGGCCAACAUCAUCGGACCCUGGAUUCAGACCAAGAUGGAGGAAAUCGGCCACGUGUCGAUUGACAUUGCCAGUUCCCUAGAGGAACAGAUGGGCAGUCUGAAGACAUACGAACAAAACAUCAUCAAUUACAAAUGUAACAUUGACAAACUGGAGGGAGACCACCAGCUCAGCCAGGAGGGACUUAUCUUUGACAACAAGCACACCAACUACACCAUGGAGCACGUCCGCGUGGGCUGGGAGCAGCUCCUCACCACUAUUGCCCGCACUAUCAAUGAGGUUGAGAACCAGAUCUUGACUCGUGAUGCCAAGGGCAUCAGUCAGGAACAGCUGAACGAGUUCAGAGCCUCAUUCAAUCACUUUGACCGGAAGAGGAAUGGCAUGAUGGAUCCUGAUGAUUUCCGUGCUUGUCUGAUCUCUAUGGGUUACGAUCUGGGUGAAGUUGAAUUUGCACGCAUUAUGACACUGGUGGACGCCAAUAACACAGGAGUGGUCACCUUCCAGGCCUUUAUUGACUUCAUGACUAGGGAGACAGCUGAGACAGACACUGCUGAGCAGGUCAUGGCCUCCUUCAAGAUCCUAGCUUCUGACAAGGCUUACAUCACAGUAGAGGAGCUGAGGAGGGAGCUUCCCCCAGAACAAGCUGAAUACUGUAUCAGCCGCAUGACAAAGUACAUGAUCAGCGAUGCUCCACCAGGUGCCCUUGACUACAUCUCAUUCUCCAGCGCCCUGUAUGGAGAGAGUGACUUGUAGGGUCCUUCCUGUCAUAUCUGCACCCACAACAUCCCCUACUCCCAACCCCCUUUACAUACGUUCACGUCAUGAAACCCUUAAACAUGUAACGCCAAGAACAAUGUCACACAGUUAAUGGUCAGUUUUGCUGCAGUGGUUUGGGCCUGUGUAUUAGGUGACAUGCAAUGAAAAGUGAACACAUCCCAUAUGUUGUGAGCAACUUAAAUAAGCCAAUAGAGACUGAAAAGUCAAAGAAUUGAACUGAAAAUUAUUCUUCACAAAGGUGCCGUUACGGAGAGAUCUGCUCUCCCUUCAUACAAAUGGCUUAUGUUUUGGAGGAAGAAUUAAUAAAUAAUCCUAAAGUAUAAUCUCA